UUGGUCGGAUGCCUUUCUUUCUCAUCGUCCUCGUCGAGAUCGUGGCGCUUCGACAUCCAUCUCGCUUCGAUCGAUCUGGGAUUUGGGAGAACAGAGAUGGGGCAACAGUCGCUGAUCUAUAGUUUCGUCGCCCGGGGGACGGUGAUCCUGGCGGAGUACACAGAGUUCACGGGAAACUUCAACAGCAUCGCCGCCCAGUGCCUGCAGAAGCUCCCUGCCAGCAACAACAAGUUCACCUAUAACUGCGACGGCCAUACCUUCAAUUACCUCGUCGAGGAUGGAUACACAUACUGUGUCGUUGCUACCGAGUUAGUUGGCAGGCAAGUCCCUAUUGCCUUUCUUGAGCGGGUGAAGGAGGAUUUUAGCAAAAGAUAUGGUGGAGGAAAAGCUGCAACAGCUACAGCUAAUAGCCUCAGCCGUGAGUUCGGGUCCAAGCUUAAGGAACACAUGCAAUACUGCAUGGACAAUCCAGAAGAGAUUAGCAAGCUUGCCAAGGUGAAGGCUCAGGUUUCUGAAGUCAAGGGAGUUAUGAUGGAGAACAUUGAGAAGGUUCUUGACCGUGGGGAGAAAAUUGAGUUGCUUGUUGACAAGACUGAAAAUCUUCGCUCCCAGGCACAAGAUUUCAGACAACAGGGAACACAAAUGCGAAGGAAGAUGUGGCUGAAUAACAUGAAGAUUAAGCUCAUUGUCUUGGGCAUCAUUAUUGCCCUGAUCCUUAUCAUAAUUUUGUCUGUAUGCCAUGGUUUCAAAUGUUAAUAUUGGUUGUUAAGAACUUAGAGUCUGUUGCAACUGCUGCUUCCCUUAGGACAUCUUACUUAUAUGGUGUGAUAGCAAUACUUGGAUAAUCAUUGUCGGUUUGUGGUUUUACUUCACCUGCUGCAAAUGAGUAUUUUGUUUCCAGACUAUGGAGGACCAGAAUAGGCUUGGAUUAGUGAAUUGUAUGUUAUGUGUGUAUAGUGCAAACAAAUUCUUUGUUGUUUGGUCAAUACGAAGUUCUCUCUUGAUGCUUUCUCA